GUUAAGUAUAAAAUUAAAUAAUUACUUAAAUCUUCUUUAUUGUUAACAUUUAAACUAUCACGAAAAUAAAUCAAAAUACGUAUGAAAUACACUUCACGCAAUUAGUAUUUACCAACAAGUAAAGUAUGAUCCUGUCUAAAUAAAUACAUGUAAGGGAUCGAUACUUUUAAUUGCGAUACCUAUUCAAUAUCAAAACAAAUAAGUGUGCAUACUCUCAUUUCGAUACUGAGUAGAUAUCGAUGUUUUCUUUCGAUACAAGUAACGAGUAAAAAUAUCGAUACCAUAUUUCAUAUCUAUUUGGAUUGGAACAUACCGAAAUUGUAUGUGUAGAGCUUGUUGAAAUAUCGAAACAAGACGGACAAUUAUUUUGUUUAUUUUUGUGCGUACGUAGAAAAGACAAAUGAAUAAUAAAAAAUAUAAGAAAUAAAUAGUAAUACCACAGACGAGGUAUAGGAUAGACAUCGCAACCUUAUGGGACUCGGAGUCAUAUGUUCCGAGUUAUCGACUGUGUAAAAAAAUCAGGAUUUUGCCCGCCUUGUACGUCUAGAGGGCAGCCAAUAGGAAAACUACAUCAAGCAAAAUGAUUGAAGUUAACCAAGUAAUAAAUAUGGUAAAGCAGCAUACGAACAUAUCUAUUACAAUGGUGCCAUGUCUUCAAAUUUCUAAGAUACGUAUUUUAAGUCUGCGUCUAAUAUUUUUGAUUCUAAUUCUUAUUACUUAUAGUGCUGCCAUGCAAAACCAAUCGAAGUCGAUAUGACAGGGCGUGAUACAAAAAUGGUAAAGGGUUCCUAGGCUCCUGAGAACGUGUGACAAAAUUUUAUAUUGCUUAUGUUUAUUCUAUACCUUGUCUGUGGUAAUACCCAUGUUGUAUUGUAAAAAAAUAAGUAUUCAAACUAAACAAUUUUAAGGUUACAAUACAAAAGAAUUACGAAACGUUUUCUUUAAUUCAAAUGAAUUCAUAGACCUCAUAUAAGAAAUUUUAAUAUAAAUGCCGAUACCGUAAAAAGAAUAUAAGAAGGAAUCAAUAAUAUCAUCCAAACUAUAUUUUGGUAAAAAAAUAUGGAUUUUAGAGAAAAGUAUUCUUCUCAAGAAGUAUGCAGUAAAUAUGAAAAAAAUUAUGAAAAUUUUUGUUUCACUAAAUAUAAAUAUGAAUUCAAUAAAAUAUUUUCAAGAAAUUUAAACCUAAUACAAGAUACUGAAGAUUUUUGGAAAUUUGUUAAUAAAUACGAAGCUGUGCAAAAGAAACUUAAUACUUCAGAUAUAUCUCCUAAUUUUACUCUAAACAAAAUUGGUGUACCAGAAGUAUAUCAUAAAUUACAUUGUAUAAAUUUUAAAUUAAGCUUUAGUUUCAAUGAAUUAUUUUCAAGGAUUCCACUUAUUGAAAUCUUGACAAAAGAAAGAUUAUUGAAAUUUCAAAGUAUACUUGUUUUAUAUUUGGAUUUUAAACAAAAAGAAAAAUUUGCAAAACUAAAAAAGCUUAGAGAAUCUCAAGCAAACUUACCAGUUAGUCAAUACAAAAAUGAGAUUAUUCAAGCAGUAAAAAAUGAGCGAGUAGUCAUUAUAGCUGGUGAUACUGGCUGUGGGAAAUCUACGCAAGUGCCUCAGUAUUUAUAUGCGGCUAAUUAUCAAAAAAUUGCAUGUACUCAACCCAGAAGAAUAGCGUGUAUAUCUUUAGCUAAACGUGUUGCUUUUGAAACAUUAACAGAAAAUUAUAAUCAUGUCGGUUAUCAAAUUCGUUUUGAAAAACAAAGAAGUCAAGAUACUAGAAUUACGUUUAUAACAGAAGGUCUUCUCCUGAGGCAGUUAUCCAGUGAAUCUGAAUCAUUACCUUAUGAUGUGAUUGUAUUGGAUGAAGUACAUGAACGCCAUUUACAUGGAGAUUUUCUCCUUGGUAUUAUGAAAUGUAUUAUUAAUCAGAAGCACGAUAUAAAAUUAGUGCUUAUGUCUGCCACAAUUAAUAUUGAACUCUUCGGUAAUUACUUUGCAAAAGAAGAUGUUAAAAUAAUACAAGUUCCUGGAAGACUGUAUCCAAUACAGUUAAUAUAUAGACCUGUUAGCAUUGAAGAUGUUCGGUAUAAAAAUGAUAGAUUCAAUCCAAGUCCUUAUAUACAAAUAAUGCAAUUAAUUGACCAAAAAUAUUCAGUGAACGAAAAGGGUGAUUUACUAAUAUUUCUAAGCGGGAUGAGUGAAAUUGUUGCAGUUGUAGAUGCUGCAAAAGAGUAUAGUCAGAAAAAAAACAAUUGGAUUGUUUUACCACUUCAUAGCAGUCUAUCUAUUAAUGAACAAGACAAAGUAUUUGAUUAUCCUCCUGAUAAUGCAAGAAAAUGUAUUGUAUCUACUAAUAUCGCAGAAACCUCGAUUACCAUAGAUGGAAUCAGAUUUGUUGCUGAUAGUGGAAAGGUAAAAGAAAUGAAUUAUGAUCCAUCGUGCAAAAUGCAACGACUCAAGGAAUUUUGGAUUAGCAAAGCCAGUGCAGAGCAAAGAAAAGGAAGAGCUGGUAGGACAGGACCUGGUGUGUGUUAUAGAUUAUACUCGGAAGAAGAAUACACAGCUUUGGAAAAAUACUCAACACCAGAAUUACAACGUGUGCCCUUAGAUUCAUUACUUUUACAAAUGAUAGCAAUGGGACUUCCAGACACAAGAAAAUUUCCGUUCAUAGAACCACCUCCUGCUGAAAGUAUAGAAAAUUCUAUAUUAUCAUUGAAAGAGCAUGGUGCUCUCACAGAUGAUGAAAAAAUAACAUGCAUUGGAAAAACACUUGCUCGUUUACCUGUUGACAUAACAAUAGGAAAAAUGUUAAUAAUGGGCUCAAUUUUCCAUCAAGUAGAACCAGUAUUAUCAUUAGCUGCAGCAUUAAGCAUACAAACACCAUUUACAAACAGAGCAUAUAGAGACUCAGAGUGUGAGACAUCUAGGAAAACAUUGGAAUCUGAUCAUGGUGAUCCAAUAACCCUAUUAAAUGCAUUCAGAGAGUGGUUAGAAGUAAAACAACAAAGCUCUCAAGAAUCAAUGGGUAGUGGAAGUAAUAGUAAAAAAUGGUGUAAAAGAAGAGGUCUAGAAGAACAAAGAUUUUAUGAAAUGAUAAAAUUGAGGACGCAAUUUAAAGAAUUACUUCAGGAUUGUAAUUUACUGAAAAAUCUUCCUGAACUAAAUUCUUCUAUGUCUAGUGCAGAACGUGCUAUAAGAUACGGAGAAUUGAAGCUUUUGAAGUCAUUAAAAAGAACUUACAAACAAAAGGCGCCUAGAAAGCGGAAACAACUAAAGCUAGAAACAUUUAAUAUAUACUCAGAAGAUAGCGCUCACGAUGAGGAUGGAAUUGAUAUAAAAGAUGUUGAGUUUCGAAUGAAAAAUGAUUCAAGUCAAGUUCAAGAUUUAUUGACAGCAGCUACUGCGUGUAGUUACAAAGACUUAACAAUGUUGAAAAUAAUAUUAUGCAGUGGUUUGUACCCGCAAUUUGCGUGUGCAGAUGAAUUUAAUUAUUGUAAGUCAACAACUGAGCAAUUAUUUCAUACAAAAGCAAAACCAUAUGUAGCAUUACAUCCAAUGAGCUUCUUUGGAAAUCAUCCGCAAGUAUUACAAUUGGAAGAAACUGAUAUUGUUUCGAUAUCAGGAUUUAAAAGUAAAACUCCUGUUAGUUCGAAACAUACAAUAUUAGCGUAUCUAUCUCUUUUGGAAACGACAAAGCCUUAUUUGGUGAACACAGUUAGGAUGCCUGCUGCACAGACAUUACUUUUAUUUGCAAACGAAAUUCACACGAACAGGACUUUUUCAGUUAUGGUAUGUGACUCAUGGUUAGCAUUAGAAUUUCCUGUACCCGAUACUGGCCAAACUUUAUUAAUAAAAGCUACUAAAUUACGAAAUAAAUGGGAUCUUUUGUUAAAUCAACAAUUACAAGAUUUAAAUACUAGUGAUAAAGAUAUGCAAGAUUUUAAUGAAGUUGAAUAUACGCUUACUCAAGAAUUAAUUGAAUACAUGCACACAACGAUACCAUAUACAGUAAAGCGACUGUUACCAGCGGAUCUUAAAAUAAUAUAUGUAGGAAGUUCAGAAAAUAUUAUACCUAUAGAUCCAAAUCCUUUUCAAUCUGAUUUUAUAGCAGUUCCUAAUCCAGUUAAAGGAGGUGUUCAGGUGUCAAAUAUAAUAACAUAUAACUGUUUAAAAGAAACAGAAUGGAGUUACAAACUUUAUACAGAAAUGUUAGAAAAUGAGUGGCAAUGUCAAAACUGUAAUAUGCAAGCUAUUCUCACUAGCAUAGAGAAGUUACAACAUCAAGAAUCUUGUGUAAAACAUACAACGGAUACAAAAGAAAGUUAUAUAAAAACACCACACAAACCCAAUACACAAGUAUAUGAAUGUUCAGAUUGUGCAAAGACAUUAUAUCUAACACCAAUUGAAAUACUUAAACAUAAAAAGUCACAUAUUAAGUAAUUUAAAUUCAUACACGUAUUACUACAUAAUUAUUUAAUGCACGAUAAAAAUUUACAUUAAAUUGUAUUCAUGGUUAUAAAAUAUUAUAAUAUAUAUUUUACAUUUCUGUAAAUAUUAACUAUUU